UAUACCCCUGAAAUGCACCAACAAACGCACCAAUACAAAACUAAAUCUAGCCAAAUCAGUAACUAAUACAUACAUACUGCUAUUUAGUACUGGCAGCUUGCACUUCCUAGCCAAAAGCUCGAAGAAAAAAGUAAUGUCGAUCCCUCCGAACGCGCCAGGGAGAGGUGCUGCUGCAUUCUUACCCCAACCUGUGAGCCAUACAGACCAGCUUGCUGCUCAGUCUUUAGUAGAAACUGUCUACUAUUAUAAUGCUAGAGAGAUACAGCCCCCUCUAGCCGACGUGGAGUACAGAAGUAGCGAUAGAGAAAGUGACAUCCUCCACCAUGUAUUCCGGUGGGACGCAGCCCCUUACGAAUUUGUGUUUGCAAACGGAUUCCAAGCAAGACGCCAAGCAAACACUCCGGAUAAAACUUACUUCAAUUUGGAACGCUACGUCCAUGCUGGUGGGAGACCUCUUGACACUCGAAGAGAGACAACAUACGCAUUUGUGAGCACUACACUUAGCAGUUCAUGGAAUCCACAAAUUAAGUCUGGGACAUCCAUGGAGUUGUAUCGAUAUGAAAUAUAUGCUCCGGGUGGAAUUUGGGUUGCUGAGACUUUAGAAGAUCAAUAUCGAUUUAAAGCUCAAGAUGAGGUUACUUUUAUUGCUGGUAUUGCUCCACAGUACAUCCGAUCUGCACAGCUUUUUCAACUCAGAGGCGACGGACCGCACACAAAAAAGAAAAGAGUGAAUACAAUUCUGUACGUAAACAAGAAAUUCAAUCCUCAAUCAAGUCCACCAAGAAACCUAAGAAUCCUAAGGCCAGUAUCUGAUUACAUUGAUGAGAUUAGUAAAGAAAGGAAGAAACUAACCAUUCAGAAAUUCCCAGCAAUCCAAAUGGUUGCAGUAAAAGCAUUGAACAGCAGCAGCGAUAUUGAUUACUACAUCGAUGGAGUGACUAAGAUCGAUGGCUAUAUUGACUCUUGUUUUCGCUCGGUUCGCACUAAUGAAGUUUAUUUGUUCAUAGAGAAAGAGUUUGUACUCUUGGAUUAUGCUCCGGAUACCAAAAAGGAUCGGGUCAUCAAUGGUCCACUUUUUAUCAGUAAUGGUUUUGGUUCUCUAAUUGCUACUGCUUUCGCAAAUCAUGGAAUUGAUGCUGCAUUUGGGUGUCAUGGUGUCAGUGAAGCUUUCAUCUUUUCUGCGAAUGUCUGCGCCAAGUUUAAUUAUUCACCGGGCAAUACAAAUGAUCGGAUAGUCGAAGGCCCAAAGACAAUAAAACAGAUGUUUCCUUUCUUCAAAGGCACAAAUUUCGCACAAGGGAUAGAUGCUGGAUUUGAGUCUACUCGCGCAGGAGAAGCUUAUCUCUUUAAAGGAGGAGAAUAUGCGCUUAUCAAUUACCCUAAGCGAGCCCUGCUUGCAAAGGGUAAGAUAACAGACGCAUUUUCAUGCUUGCAAGAGACAAUGUUUGCAAGUGGCGUUGGAGCUGCCUUCGCCUCGCAUAAGCCCAACGAGGCUUAUUUGUUCAAAGACAAUACAUAUGUGCUUAUAUACUUUACCCCUGGCGAGAAAAAAGAUCGCAUAAUAGCCGGUCCUAAGGAACUUGUUCCAAGUACAUGGCCUUCUUUACGAGGCAUAUUGCCUCAUAAAAACCGUGGAGUUGAUGUUGUUGAGAAUGCAAAACCUGAUCCUCCUCGUGAUCAAGAUGAAUAGUUACCGACGUUGUCAUAAUUAAAUGUUUGAGUGUUAUGAGUGUGACUUUGGUAAUUGGUGUCAUUUUGAGUUUGAGUGUUAUGAGUGUCUGUUUGAGUGUAUGUCGGUUUAUAAGGUUAUAAUUAUAUGUCUUUCUUUCGAAGAUUAAGUCAAUAAGUGUUUUUGUGUCAAAAGUUAAUAAUAAGUGUAUUAUGUUAAAAGGUUAAUAAGUAUACUGUUCCAAAAAGAAAGACUAUAAAUGUACUACGUCAAAAAAAAACUAAAUCAGUAAGUUUAUUAUAUGUCAAACAAUAAGCCAAUAAGUGUGAUUUGUCAAAAGGUCAAUAAGUGUAUAAGGUCAAAUAAUAAGUCAAUAAACGUACACUAUGUGGAAUAUUAUG